AUAAAAAAUAUGGCAGGACUUUUAGUUUCUGACCCCUGGACUUUACACCUCUGACUGUGACCCAAACGCGUGCCCUUGGUUUGCAUGUAAAAAUUAACUGGGCUCAAUGGAACUAACAUUUCAAGAUUAACAUCUUUUUUCUCUCUGUAGUCGAAAUCUUGAUCUACUUCAAAAUUGCAACUUUCACUGAGAGUGUGGCUUUUGAAAGCUCCUCCUACCAAUUCACAAUAAAGGAGAAUGAACCUGAGGCGUCAAUAGUGGGCAAGGUCAGGGCAUUAACAGGUGAUCCACUGGUUAUGGUCAGAUAUAACAUGAAGUCACACAAGGAUGUCUUCUCUGUGGAUGGUGAGGGAACCAUAAAAGCUCUCAGACCGCUGGACAAGGAGGAAGAGGAGUGGUACAUCCUCACAGUAGAGGCCAUAGACUCCAGAACUCCUCCAAACACUGCAGAGACAACGGUCAGCGUUCAGGUUGAGAAUGUGAAUGAGGCUCCUGUGUUUGAUGAUGAAAUAUAUGAAGCAGAAAUUUUCAGUAUCUCUCCAUACAAAUUCCCUAUAGUGAAGGUCCAGGCAUCGGACCCUGAUGUGGGCGAGAGCUCAGAACUGCAGUAUUCCCUGCAGGAGUCCACAACUCUGCUGGAUGUGGAGGCAAACACUGGUCAGAUCUACGUACUGGAUGCUUCUAGCUUUGGAGACAAUCUGUUCACCUUUCAUGUUAAAGCCACUGACAAACAUGGACUGUCCACGACUACAACAGUACAGAUCAAGGUGAAACAAAGUGUACAUCGUGACAGCGUCUCAGUAAUCUCUCUAAACCAGCCCAUAUACAUAGUGGAGAAGAUGAUACUAGAGAUGGAAGAAUCCAUGGAGAAAGUUUUAGGCUGGACUGUGAAAGUCCUCAGUGUGAGAGCUGAGGAUGGGAAUGAGAUGCGCACCAUUCUCAGAGAAUCUACAGACAAAACUUACGUCAGUUUCAUCACCAUGGACUCCAGUGGAGCUGUCAUCCAAGCCACAGAGGUCAAAGAGAAACUGAACACUGAGCUCAAAGCUUUAACAACUGAACUGGAGAAGGUUUUUGGUCCUGGUUUGGAAAUCAAAGAGGAGGACAGUCCUGUAAACCCUGAAGAUCCCGGUCAAGGAGUCACAAUCGCUCUCAUCGUUGUCAGUGUUCUGCUGGUUAUAAGCAUUGUGACUUUUUCAUCGUCGAUUAUGUAUCUUAAGAAAAAUAAAACUGACACUGGUUUAAACAAAACGAGAAGGAGUAUUGAUUUUCCUGCUAACUUUAACAUAAACCCAGAAUCCAGAGAGUAUGUUUCCCAGGAUGAAGUUAAUGAGAGAUUAUGACAGAGAAUCUGAGAAUGUAAGUGAUAUCAGUGGAAACAGCAUCUGCCCUCUGAAAACUCCCUGAUGGAUCAAAGCUCCUCACUUCUUCUCAGUAGUGCACAAGACUUCAUGAACUUAUGUCUUGAUUGAGACAUGUUUACAGCCCUGAUCCUAAACUUGAGAUGCCUGCAGGCAGCAUUUUAAAGGUUGAGUUCCCAACAUGGAGGAAACAGCACAAGUAUUAGGGCUUCUAAAGACAGAAACAGGCUCUGGGCUACAGCAUUACAGGAUUAACAUCUUUGAUCAUGUGUGCUCAGGUCCAGGAUCAGCUGUCAUGUGACUCACGAUGACAUACUCAAGUCACAACAUACACAACACAGGGUGAAUUCCCUUCAAAGAGGCGAGCAUCACUCUGCUCCACUCAUUACGUAUUACUGUCUCAUAAGUGGCUGUAUGGAUCACCCGACAUGAAGCCAGACGUCACUGACACUUUAGAAGCAGGAGUGUUAGAAGCAGAAUUCAUAUUGAAAAAUACAGCUGUUAAGACAGAUGUAGCUGUCCUGUAGCACAAACAGGAGAACAUGGUGCUUGCAACACCAAGUUCAUGGCCUCUGUGUCUUUGAUUUGCAUUAGGGUAAAAAUAACAAAAAAUAAAAAUGUGUUAUGUUAUCGAUAUUUAAAUUAGUUAAAUUUCCAGGUAACUUGUCAAAUCAAUUCUAAAAUCACUUCCUUGAAGUGACCAUCACAUUUCUCUUCAAUAACGUUCUCUCUAACGUUCUCAUAAAAGGGCCUUUGAUAAAGGAAUUUGGUCACUUUGGUUUGGAGUUUUACAUCAAUCUCAUAACAUAUUCAACAAAUUGUCUAAUUGUUACUUUUGCUGAUGUAUUCAAUUUAUGCAUAUUCUGUAAAAAGGUGGAAGUUUGGAACAUUUGUUUUAAGAAGAUGUAUGUUACACAGACCCUUUGGGAAGAUUACUUAUUUAAUAAACUGAGUUUAUAUAAGUCUGUCUAUGCAAGAUACAUUAUAAUAAGAUGAAAAUAAAGUAACUUUGUGUUGCAUCUACCCAGACCACACACUCACAAAAAGGAUGUGUUAAUUAAUAACACACAUUUUGUGUAAUUUUAAGUUGAUCAUGUGUGAAAAGAAAGAGAGAGAGGUUUUUUUUAAUUUUGAAAACCAUUUUUUUUUUUUUUUUUACAUUAGUAGGUUUAACCAUCAUGCAGAUGGUUGUGCUCUUGACCCCUGACUAUUAUAAAGUUGCUUCAUUAUCAGCAAUUGCAGGUAGUUCCAGAACAUUGAUCAAACAGAUCAACAUGUCUGUUUUGUAAUAGCUAACUUAAAAAAUUGAAGCUUUUUUGAAAAUUAAGAAACCCAACAAAGUUAAAGACCCCACUUCUCAACAAGCUGCAUGUCAUAUGCCUCCGCAGUUAUGUGAAUCAAGUCAUAAGAAGUGUAUUUUUGUGGAUUGCUAAUGUAAAGCAUGUUUGUGUAACAUUAAAGUUUCACUUUCAAAUCUUUUAUUAUAUAACUAUAAAGAUAAGAUAAAAUCCCCUGUUUGUUGUUCAAUGGUCUCUAGUGUACCAGGAAACUGCUGUGCAGAAGUUCACUGUUAGACCUUGCCAGGCUUUUUUGCUGCUGCCAGUAAUUUACCGUUGACUGUAAAGUUAUUUACUGUAAACUACAGUAUAUUCCUGUAAAGAUUAAAA